AUGGCACCAGAAACAUAUGCCCAACCACCGAAGUCGCUUCCACUCAAAAUUGACUCGAAGAAUGGCAAAGACAAGCCAAACCUGGUCAUCUUCAUGCCAGACCAGCUGAGCCUCAAGGAAAACGGUUACCAUGUCGCUUGUCUCGCUCCUCGGGGGGACACCUUUGCUCCAACCGUUACAGAGCUUAGUGUCAGCGAGUACGGUUUUCUAGAAACGCCGGAGUUUGUUCCAAAGUUUACGGGUGGUGGUUCGGAUGAGAAAGACGAAAGUGUCUGGGCUCGUCUGUUCUACAAGGGACUAAGGAAUUCCAACGAAGCUUCGGAUUACGACGAUGCUGUGGUUCGAUCUGCACUAAAAUGGCUCGAAUAUCCUCCCAAAGACAAGCCCUGGGUGUUAUUUAUGCCGUUAUUGUUCCCGCAUUGCCCGUUUCAGGUUGAAGAACCCUACUUCUCGAUGUACGAACGAGAUCAGAUGCCACCAAUUAUCUCGUAUCCAGAGAAGAAGACCGGCUAUGAGCCGAGAUACAUGCAAGUUAUCCGAGAACGUUAUGGCACCGCUCGAGCCACACCCGAGGUCUGGGCUGAAGUGAAGGCGACUUACUAUGGCAUGAUCACAAGACUCGACGACCAAUUCGGUAGGAUAAUGAAAAAAAUUGAUGAACUCAGCCUAUGGAAGGACACUGUCACAAUGUUCUUCACAGACCACGGUGAGUACCUCGGCGAUCAUGGAAUGAUUGAGAAAUGGCCAUCUGGUCUGUCGGAGACCCUACUUCACGAACCGUUGAUAAUCGCUGGAGGAGGAUUGCCCGAAGGUAAGGUUGUAACGGCAAUGACAGAGAUGGUAGACUUGGUGCCAACGGUCUUUGAGAUAGGCGGAAUAGGGGAACACUUUCCUCACAACGGACUCUCGUUAGUGCCGCUUCUUACUGGAAAGACCAACAAGCACAAGGAUUUUUCCUUCUCUGAAGGAGGCUUUCUAACGAGUGAGGAGCCAUUACUAGAGCAAGCACCCUACCCCUAUGACAUCAAAGCUGGUCUACAACACGAGGAUACAACUUUAGUUGGCAAAGCAAUCAGCGUUCGCAAUGAGGAGUGGACAUACGUGUAUCGACUGUACGAACCUGCUGAGCUUUAUCAUCGACAAAAUGAUCCUGAAGAGAUGCACAAUCUGGCGGCAAAUCCCCGCUACACCCCUGCAGCGAAGAUGAUGGAAGGGGAAAUCUUUAGAUGGUUGAUGGAGGGUUCGGAUUUCUUACCAUGGACGAAGGACAACCGAUUCCCUGAGGUCAGCCUGAAAUCUCCGAAAGAGCAGAUGGAAGAGCGUUUAAGAGAUGCCGAGCUGACCGCAAAUGGGUCAGCAAAUGGGUCUAUUCACAAAACCCAUUAG